AUGGACCAGCGUGCUCUAUGGGUAUGGGUGAACGAGAUUCUCCUGGACUCGAGCAAUGAGGCGCUCGUCCUCGACUGUUGCGUCAUGCUCGUGGAUCGCUUCGGAGGCGCAGCUUCCACCCAGCUAGGCGCCGCCAUCGAGCUCGACGAAAUUCACGGUGGUGCGGGGGUUUUGUUCGCGAAGAGUUAUCACGGGGAACUCGGUCUUUGGACCACAUUGCUUCCAGUGGCUGUCGAGCGAGCUCGGCAAACCUACGCUCACGCCGCCGACUGCACCCACGUGGGGGCCGAACCGCCUUUGUCUCUUUGCGGCUGCGGCAAGGCCAAGGACCUUCCUUUGCCGUUCGUGGAACGCAUGAAGAAGUCGGUCAAUGCUGUGGGAGCGAGACUGCCUCUACAUUCGCUGUUCUACAGAGCAGCGCUCUCCCCGCUGUACCUUCCACUCGAGAAGCACCCUAUGAUGCUGAACGAGAAGAAAGCGCCCAAGGCGCCCCACACAUCAUCGUGUGCCAAAUGCGGGAAGGCAGGAAACUUCUUGCGGUGCGCGCGAUGCCGCCGUGUCGUCUACUGUUCCAAGAAAUGCCAACGCGAAGACUGGAAGACCCACAAGUCUGGCUGCGGCUGA